CUCCUGUUCUAUGGAAAAGGUUGCUGUGUAACAACAAUGCCAGCCCUAAGAGCAUUUUCAUCCUUGCCAUCAUCUCAGAAAGCCUUUGUAGCUCAGAUAACCCAGAUAGUUGAACCAGUGACAUAUGCUCAGGCAUGUAGAGAGAAUAACUGGAUACUUGCAAUGGAGAAAGAGUGAGAGGCCUUGGACAAGAACAACACUUGGGAUAUUGUUGAUUUACCCAAGGAUAAGAAGCCCAUUGGAUGUAAAUGGGUGUUCAAGGUGAAGUUGAAGUCUGAUGGAUCAAUUGAGAGGUUCAAGGCAAGGUUGGUGGCAAAAGGAUACAACCAAAAGUAUGGGAUCGAUUUCGAGGAGACAUUCUCACCUGUGGUAAAAAUGGCUACAAUCAGGAGUGUCAUUGCACUAGCUGCAAGCAAAGGCUGGAAAUUCAAUUAGACGUGAACAAUGCUUUCCUCCAUGGUGAUUUGCAUGAGGAGGUUUACAUGAAACUUCCGGAAGGUAUUCCGAACCCAGGAAACAAAGUGUGUAGGCUGAAAAAGUCCUUAUAUGGACUAAAACAAGCAAGCAGACAGUGGUUCUCAAAGUUGACUCAAGAAUGGAAGAUGCAAGGGUUUGAACAAUCCAAGAAUGAUGACUCUCUUUUCAUCAAGAGAUCUGGUUCUGACAUAACCUUGGCAGCAGUGUAUGUAGACGACAUGAUUCUCACUGGAACAGAUCAUAAAGUCAUCUCUGAUCUCAAAUCUCACUUACACAAGACAUUCAGCAUCAAAGAUUUGGGUAUUCUGCAUUACUUUCUUGGAAUUGAGGUUGGAUAUUCUUCGGAUGGAAGAACUCUGACUCAAGGAAAAUUCACUAAUGAGCUUCUACAUGACAGUGGCUUAGAGGAUUUCAAACCUGUUGCAACUCCUUUGCCCCUACACUUGAAGUUCUCACUUGAUGAAGGUGAAUUAUUUGCAGAACCAGAAAAGUACAGAUGCUUGGUUGGUAAACUGCAUUUUCUGGUUAACACCAGACCUGAUUUGGCAUACACUGUGCAGACUUUAAGUCAAUUUAUGCACCAACCAAGACAACCACACUAUGAUGCCUUGGUUCAUACUCUCAGAUACAUCGCUGCAACUGCAGGGCAGGGAAGAAAGUGGAAAGGCAGUGAUGAAUUGAAAUUGCAGGCCUUUUCCGAUUCUGACUGGGCAUCUUGUCCCGAUACAAGGAGAUCUGUGACUGGUUAUUUUAUGAUGCUUGGCAACUCUCCCAUAAGUUGGAAGUCAAAGGAGCAACCUACUGUGAGUCAUCAUCUGAAGCCGAAUAUAGGGCGAUGGCUUCUGCUGCCUCUGAAGUUGCCUGGUUAGUCAGAUUGCUUGAGGAGAUUGGAGUCAAAAAUGGGAAACCUAUCACGCUCCAUUGUGAGAACCAAUCAGCACUCUACAUUGCAAAGAACCCAGUCUACCAUGAGCGCACUAAACACAUCGAAAUAGACUGCCACUUUACACGUGAGAAAGUUCUGGAAGGUCUGCUUCAGAUGACAUACUUGCCAACUAAAUUGCAACUUGCUGAUAUACAAGGUUCUGCCAUCACCACAGUUUUGUCUACUCAAGUCCAAGCUAGGCAUGUCUGAUACAAGCCCCAGCUUGAGGGGGGGUGUUGAAUCACCUAGUCCAAUCCAAUAAUGUUGAUUGGGUCAGCCCACAAGUCGUAACAACUUUCGGUUACGAACCCGCCAGCUCAGCUCUUUGUCUUAGAGAGUUUGUUAGAUGAAAUUAGUUAUUACUGCUCA